AUGAUCAACUUCCAGGUCGUCAUCUUGGCCUGCUCUGACGGGCGGCAGCUCUACCCCCUCACGUUGGGGGGCGCGGUGGAGUGCUUGCUGCCCGUCGGGCUGAGGCCCGCCCUGUCAUAUCCGCUCCAGGUCGUCCAGGAUGCCGGACUUUCGGACGCCAUUGUAGUUGUUGCAGGUGAACAAGCAGCCAGCAGCGUGAAAUCAUGGCUUGCACAACAGCAGGCCCCAAGCGGCAUUCAUUGCAAGGUCAUCACAAUCCCUGAAGGUGGCAACGAUAUCGAUGGGCUGGCAGCUGCGUUGGCUGCAGUUACAACAGAUAUUGUUGUGGUGAUGGACACUGGCGUCAUCACGGAUGUAUCCCUGAGGGCCUUGGUCUGCUCUCACUAUGUCGGGUCGGCUGUGGCUACUGUCGCGCUUAUCAAGCGCAAAGCCAGUGCAUCCAAAAACACAAAGCCCGGGAAAGCCCCAAAGCACGUGGAUUACACAGCUGUGGACGAUGUUCACUCCAGGCUACUGUUCUAUGCGAGCGAACCUGAAGCUUUGAAGGACGUUCAGGUUCCAAGAAGUGUGCUGAAGCAUUCCAUGAAAUUGUCAAUCACCACCGACUACAUUGACACCCAUCUGUAUGUCUUCUCCAGGCCAGUGUUUUCUGUCCUGGAAGGAAAGUCGAACAUGCAGAGCGUCCAGCGCGACCUGCUGCCAUUCCUGGUCAGGCACCAAUUUGUUGUGCCGUUGAAGGAAGAGCAAGCCCGUGCCAGCAGCAAGCUGGCACCAUCAAGCUCAGAACAAGGCACAAACGGAGAUACCAAUGGGGAUCUCAGGCAUGGCGAAUUUCACCUUGAUACCUUCAUGAUUGAGGGUGGAGAGUACUGUGCACGAAUCCGGUCGGUGCAGACAUAUGCCGACAUGAACAAGGAGCUUGCCUCCCCCGAGCUGUGCUCCAGGCUUGUGGGGGUGCAGUCCACGAAACAGGAUAGCUACGUGCACCAGACCGUUGAACUGGGAAACAAGGCGACGAUUGCGUCGUCUUGCAUGGUGGGAGAGGGCACGCAGGUUGGAGAUAGGAGCAGCAUAAAGAGAGCAGUCAUUGGCAAGAAAUGCAGAAUAGGCAACAACGUGAAGAUAAUCAACUCGGUCUUGCUCGAUGGCGUGAAAGUGGGCGAUAGUUGCCAUGUCCAGAACUCGGUGAUUGGGGCAGGCAGCAUCAUCGGGGACCAGGCAACUUUGAGGGACUGUCAGGUUGGUCCUGAUCAGACCAUUCCCCAUGAAGCUGAGUGCAGAGACGAAGUACUUCCCCGGCCACAGGAGUAA